AUGGCUGCUCCCAGCUCCACGAUCUCUAUCGCUGCAGAUGCUUCCGGGGAUUUGCCUGGCUGCAUCUCCGUUGAUAAUGUAUCUGAGGUAAACCCUGCCGAAGUUGCUUACUUAAGCCGUACCAACCUCCUUACAUCAGAACCGAAGCUUCCGAGCUCACUGCGGCCUCGUUGUCAUGUCACAGUCUGCCUGAUUUCUCGAAGAAGUCGGUUUCGUGCUGGGUGGACUUCAGUGUCGACUUCGCAUCGGUCUUAUCAACACCCCCAGCGGGAGUCGAAUCGUGACAGUGCAGAAUGGGAGCUUGACACGUUAAACACUCGACCGCAUUGCCACGAGUGUCCUUGGGUCACAGAUGUGAAUUUCAAGGAAGGCCAGGCAUUUUGCCAUAUCAUAUUAUUUGGUGGGAUUGUCGAUGAAGCAAUCGUAUAUUUGCUAUAA